UUUUUUUUUUUUUUUUUUUUGUAAAGGAGGGGGUAGAGAAAGGUUGUGGUGUAUGUCGCCAUAUUUACAGAUCUGAACACAGUACGUGACAGUUUCUGAGGAUGUUUUGUCCUUUUUGUGGAAAUACAUUGGAGGAGAUUAGCCACUUUUGUAGUAAAUGUGGGAAAAAUGUGCAUUUUAUAUCAGUUAACCCAGAGUUUCCCCCUUCUGCUAGUCCCUUACAAUCAUCCUCUAACCCAGGUUUCUCAAACCUCCAUAGAACAGAAACUUUAGAUGUUUUUUUCAAAUUUUGUGAUCUGAAACGAGAUGAAAAAAUCACAUUUGCAACCAAAAAGAAACAGAAAUCGGUCAAAAAAAGCGUUCUGAUAUCUAUUGGUAAAAUGUUUGAAGCCAGUGGGAAACUAAAAAUUCAAAGAGGAUUAAGUCUGCCUAUUUUGACUACGGAUGAUGCUGUAUAUGACCAGCUUUUAAAUGCAGCUGUUGAAAAGCACAAGGCUUUUGACCACAACUUCAUUGAUGAUGAUUAUUACUUACUGUACCAGGAUGGCUGUAUGGCUCAGUUUCUUCCUGGAACCUGUGAUUCGUUUAACUUAAAAGCUUAUAAAAAUGCAUGUGGAAAACCAUACAGAAGAAUUACACUUUACCUUUGUCUUCAGAGGCACUAUCAGGCAACAGUUGAAAAUGUAGCUGCAAUUAUUUCGGAUGACAAUGACCCAGAAAUAAUAAUAGUGACGGAGAAAAAGCCAACUAAGACUGAGGAAGCGCUGGAAGACUCUGUGGAAAAGGUUACUGAAAAGAAACCAGGUGAUCCUUGUGGAAGUCAAAUAAUUGAGAGGGAACCUGUCUACAUUAAAGUGGAGGCUCCUAAACGUGAUCUUGUCUACAUUAAAGUGGGGCUCCCAAAACUUGAACCUGUCGUCAUGAAAGAGGAGCCACCUAAACUAUAUCCUGUCCACAUUAAAGUGGGGCUCGCUAAACUUGAAUCGGUUGCCAGUAAAGAGGAGGCCCCUGAACUGGACCCUGUCUGCAUGAAAGAGGAGGCCCCUGAACUGGAGCCUGUCCACAUGAAAGAGGAGCCCCCUGAACUGGAGCCUGUCCACGUGAAAGAGGAGGCCCCUGAACUGGAGCCUGUCCACAUGAAAGAGGAGGCCCCUGAACUGGAGCCUGUCCACGUGAAAGAGGAGGCCCCUGAACUGGAGCCUGUCCACGUGAAAGAGGAGGCCCCUGAACUGGAGCCUGUCCAUAUGAAAGAGGAGGCCCCUGAACUGGAGCCUGUCCAUAUGAAAGAGGAGGCCCCUGAACUGGAGCCUGUCAACGUGAAAGAGGAGGCCCCUGAACUGGAGCCUGUCCACAUGAAAGUUGAGGCCCCUAAACUGGAGCCUGUCCACAUGAAAGAGGAGGCCUCUAAACUGGAGCCUGUCCACAUUAAAGAGGAGGCCCCUGAACUGGAGCCUGUCCACGUGAAAGAGGAGGCCCCUGAACUGGAGCCUGUCCACAUGAAAGAGGAGGCCCCUGAACUGGAGCCUGUCCACGUGAAAGAGGAGGCCCUUGAAGUGGAGUCUGCCCACGUGAACGAACUUGCUGAAUAUAACUUGGUUAAUACGAAGUUAAACUAUUGUAAAACCUUGCAGGGCUCACAUAACGCUUCUAAACAGUCUAAUGUAACAGGACACCCAAAGAAGCACCAUCUAAUUCCCACAGGAGAGGAACCAUAUUUCUGUGCUAAAAGUGAGAUUUCCAGUGAUUCAAAGACACUGAAAAGACAAAGAAUUUUCAUAACAGGCAAAACAUAUAACUGUACUAAAUGUGGAAAAUGUUUCAGUGUGUUAAGAGACCUUAAGAGACAUGAGCAAAUUCACACAGGUGAAAGACAUAAACGAUGGCGUUUUAGUGAAGAGGAAGAAUUAGUGGUCAUGGAGCAGGUGGCUGAAAACUGGCACAGACUAUUUGGGCAGGAGAGCAAAGCAUUGCGGAGGGGUGGCAAGGUACAGAUCUGGAACGAAGCUGCAAAAAAGGUCUCUGCCGUCUUACGGUAUAAGCGAACAGGUGAUAAUGUCUAUAAAAAGUGGCUAUUUGAAAAAAAAAAGUUAAGGGACAGAGCAUUACGGAUACAGGCAUUAGUCACCAAAACUGGCAGUGUGGAGGCAUCGCAGGAACAGCUAACACCCCUGGAAGUGCGAUUAGUAGCUCUAAUGGGUGAAGAAUGUGAAAGGGGUGUUGAUGAUGUGCAAGAGAUGGGACCUGGUGAAUCUUCAGCUGUGCAGCUGCCUGAAAAGAUAGAUGGUGCCAGUGCUGAUGACACUGAACGGGCAGACCAUCAGGGAAGUGGGAGCAGACAUUCUCCUCAGCAAUCUGCUCUCCCCACGCAGCAGUCUCCGAACUCUGCACAAACAGACACAGGGUGCGGAAGACGUCAAGUCCACCCAGUCACACCAACACUGGAAUCUCUAAUGGGGAGCGUGCUAGAACGUCAAGGAGACAUUUUUAGAUUCUCCCAAGCCAUUGAGCAACACACUGAGAGCAUGAAUCAGGCUCUGCAAUCAAUUGCCACCAGCAUGGCGUCCAUGGCUUCAUCCUUUGCUAGGGCUGUAGAUAAUUUACAGCAACAUCUCCCCUGCAAUUCAGAUACAGUCAUUUCCAUAUUGCAGGGACUGACACCACCAUCCAGUGCCAGUGGUAUUGGUGGAGCAAGUUCCCUGGACCCCCCUGUCCAACAGGAAGAGCUGCCUCACAAUCUGAGGGGACCUAGGAGAUCACACAUCCCUUAAAUCCAAUGUGUGGAUCUAUGUGUAUACAUAUAAUAAACUUGGAAAAAGUU